AUGGAAAACCAGUGGCUGAGAAAACGAGACUCGGGUGGACAGUCAUGUCGCAGGGACGGAAAAUUAAUCACUCAUGCUAACGAGAUGUUAACGCUAAGCACACACGAAGACUACAUGGAACUUUGCAGUUUAGAUGUUCUGGGGCUCAAGGAUCGACUUGAAGGUGAUCAAACAACCGUGCUUGAGAAGUUCGAAGAACAGUUAUAACCUGGAGACAAGAUGGAAAAUACGAAACAGCACUACCAUGGAUCGGAAAGCUAACCAUUCCAAAUUACCAACCAACCUCAACGUUGAUCGAGCGAGAUUUCAGUCACUAUUGAACAGCGGUGUCAAGUAACGAAGUAAAUGUACUUUGUUACUGUACUUGAGUACUAUUUUUGAGAAGUCAGCAUGUAACAAAUUAAACCUUUUCUGGAGUACUUUUACUUGGAACGAAGUCGUCUUAAGAAGUAACGUUUUACUUCGUUAUUUUCAUUUUGGCGAAGUAUUUCGUUACUAGCUUUCUCACAUUUGUUUAAUUUAAUUUUACGUGAUUUAUUCCUGAUCUAUUUUAAUUUUGGGAUAGGUAAUAGGACCUCUACUUGCGUUUGGGAUCUCUCGUUUGUGGCUUACUUAUGAGCAUUAUUUAUUUAAUGGAUUUCUUAUAUCUUCAACGGGGUUUGGAAAGUACAUGUAGGCCAUGCGGUGAAAUAUUGUAUAUUAUGGUGCACGCAUAUAAUGCGUGUGUUCUUUUGUGUCUUUUGUAUGUCAAUCCAUUGGAGAAGUCCCCCCCCCCCCUACACGCUAUAAACAAUAGUACUUUUACUUUUACUUUGUACUUCAAGUAUUUUUUAAGGAUACGUUGUACUUUUUACUUAAGUACGUUUUGCCUCCAGUACUUUUUACUCUUACUCUUACUCAAGUCGCUUUAUUGUUGAUUACUUCUACUUUUACUCGAGUCCAAAUUCAAAGUAAUUAGGAACCACUGCUAUUGAAGCGACUGCAUAAACUGCCUGCCUUACUUGAGACAUAUCAUAAAAUCAUCAAAGACCAAGUGGAACAGGGAAUUGCAGAGAUCGCACCAACAGAACCUAACAAGAAGCACGAACAUUCAUUCCACAUAAACCUGUCGUUCGGGAACAAAACGAAUCAACAAAAGUUCGUAUCGUCUACGACGCCUCUGCAAAGGUUAACGAAGAUAGUCCGUUAUUGAUUGACCCUCCACUUCAACGAAAGUUGUUAGACAUUCUUGGCAUACAAACGCCGCAGAAUUAGAAAGUGAUGUAAAGGAAGAUGGAGAAACUACCUAUGCGAAGGAAAGUUUAGGGACAACACCAGCGGAGACCAAACUUCUUGGAUUAGUCUGGAACAAAUCAGAAGACACUCUGUCAGUGACAUUUCCACCAAACGAAAAUGAAGUUACGAAAAGAAUUGUUCUGAUAACUAAGGCAAACAUCUGUGAUCCGCUGGGAUUAGCAGCUCCUAUUCUACUCACGGCCAAAGUGAUCUUUCGAGAUAUCUGUGAUUCUAAGGGAGUGGUCAUUAUUUAUGGGGAGGGGGGUUGGGAAAUGGGAGGGGGCAAACGAAGUUUGACCCUUAUAAAUAGGGGGGGUCAAAAAAGUUUUAACACAGAGAAAGGGGGGGUCAUAAAAGUUUUUGAACUUAAAUACCAUGUCUAGAGUUCUGAUUUCUAUAAUCACAAAUAGCAAAAAAGAAGACUCUGAAAAUGCUAUUUCCAACGAUCUAGAGACUCAAAAUUUUCAAAAUUUCCCUGCUCGGCGCCAACCAUGGUAGCGCCUCGCGAUCGUGGGAGUCGGGCCCACUAAGUUUAACAAGCUUUCUACCCCCUGAGUGACCCAGUUGUGGUAUUUACAUAAACAUACCAUGCAAGUACACUUAACUGAUCAGAUUCGGUCUAUCAACGCACAAUGUAACGCUGUAUAUCCAAAAAUCUGUUUCAGAAAAUGCUCACAUUUCAGUUCUAGGGGUGGAAAAAUACAAAAAAUUUUCUGGGGGAGAAUACCCCCAGACCCCCUACUAGUACAUACGAUACCACACCAAACUUUUUGUCACCAACAACCAUCUGUCAUCUCUCCACACUCAAUAUAGUAUGGUCCCUUUUUGUAGAUGCCCACCCCCAGACAAGUUCUUAAAAAACCCUGUGUUCAAAUCAUUUCGCUGUAUGAAGACGGGUCAUGGGUUAGGGUUAUGGUAGGACAAAUGUUGCAUUGCAAAGUAGUAACACAUAAUAUAUAUUUUUUAAUCAUAUAUGGUUGAAUCAUAUUCACCAGGGUAAAACAUCAUGAGCUAGAUUAAACAGAUUGUCCUAAUAUCUAACUUUACCUGCAACGCACUUCGCGAAAAGCAUAAUUUAACACAUGACGGGAAAGAGAGAGAGCUAAGAAAGGGUGAUGUUAUGUUGAUCAAAGGUGAUGAAAAGAACCGUAAUCUGUGGAAAAUUGAGAUUGUUAAACAACUUAUACCCAGAAGAGACGGAGUGGUUCGUGGAGUUAGACUACGUGCAGGAAAAUCAUUCAUGGAAAGACCAAUACAAUUUCUCUUCUGAAACUGUUCCUUUGAAUCCUGCUGCAAAGGUGUUCAAACCAAAGCGCAGAGCGGCUGGUGAUGCAAGGAAGAAUAUUGAACUAAUUUAUGAUUAUGAAGAGGAAGAACUUUGAUGGGUAGAGACGGUGAAUAUGUGUAGACGUUCGUGUGUAUAUAAGACAAAUAAUUUAAACUCAAAACUUACGUUUAUAAAUAGGGGGAGUGUGUCGGGAAAAGGUUGAUAUUAAGUAACCAAAAGUUAAAUUUAGAGAUGAGGCAACUACCAUAUAUGGUAUUGAUUGACAGGCAUGCUAGAUAAAAGGAAUGUUGUUAUUGGGAAUAUAUGUAACUGAGAGCGAUUUUGGAAAGGAAUUUAAUACAAAACAGAAUCUAUAACGCGUAAUAUAAUUUGCUCUUAUUGUGGGGAUCAAACGAAAAUCUACAACAACCCUGUAUUCAUUUAGAUUGCUUUGAAGAUGUUGUAUUGUAAACAAAGAAACGUUAACUAUUAAAUUUUUAACUUUUAUUAUGUUUGGUUUUAAAGUUACUUGCUAUUAGGCUCUGUUUUUUAUCUUUAAAUUAAGAUUUCCGCCUGAUGUAUCAAUUGCCACAGAGUAUCAUUGUUUAUAAGUACUUGCACUUUUUAAGAAAAAGCACUGUUAGCCUUACACUGUUAACAUAAUCACCAUAUUAAUAUAACUUUCAGAAUAAAAUACUGAAGUCAUGGCAAGUUUUAUUCCUUAUACUGGUGCUUCAAAGCUUUUUUUACUUUAUUUUCAUGGCAGUGGUAGUCUGCACUCUAGGGUAUGCCAAAAAACGUAAAAUCCGCCAAAACCUGCGAUACAGAGAGUUAGCACCGGUUAGUACACUUGCUAAUCAGAGCAUUGAGCAUUUUGAGGACAUUGGUUAAGUCAUAAGUACGAUUCAUGUUGUGUUAUUAAAGUUAAGUUAAGAACAAUUCAGGAGAAAGAAAUGAUUAUUUGAAAGUUAGAAACUUGCUUUCGCUAACAAUAUUGUUAAAUUUUGACCUUUAUAGUGUAUUUUAUGAAUAAUUUAAUAAAAAGAAGCAUAAUUUUUGUAAACCAGUAUAAUUCGAGCAUAAUUUAGACAAAAAACGAGCACUACUACAAGCAUAAUUUGCCGACGAGGCAAACACAACAACGUGGUCCCAAUAUCAGCUGAAAUUUGGGAGCUAAGGAACUUGAUUACUCUAAAAAAUUGAAGCGUUUUAAAAUAACUUUAGCCAAGCGGUAAGUUCGUGUGAGAAACGAUCCGGUGUCUGCCAUGAGACAGAUUUGAUGUAACUCCUCCAACGUGGCAACAAGCAUUGACGUUGUUUCAAUGACGUGAAAAUCUUACUUUCACAUUGUAUUGUAUUGUUUUUACGAAGAAUUUCUUUGUUUUAAGGGCGGAAUUCUUCAGUUUGCGUCGUGUUUUAUUACUCAGUCUAUUAUAAAACUUAACACACAAGUUGUAUGUCUUGACGGCAAUGCUGAACCUGUGAUGUUUUUUUGUAGAGAAGUGCACAGAUCCGUCAGGAAACACAAAUGCAAAUGUGAUAGGCAAGGAGUUCUAUCAUGGCAAGGAAGUAGAGUUUGUCUGUCCCAGAGAUUCCAUUCUUGUUCCUGCAAGUUCCAGAAACUUGAGAUGUCAAGAUGGACAAUGGAGAGGGACGAUACCUUCAUGUAAAGGUACGAUGAAUUAGAAGGAUUAUUACGCGAAUAAAACGUGUUUUCGUUAUUGUUGUUUAUACUAUUGUUGUUGAACUGUUUCUGCUUUGCGGAUGUUGUCUGUUGAUGUUAUUGUUGGUAAUAAAUUUUUUGUUGCUGUCGUUCUUGCUAUUGUCGUUUCUGUCUCUAUUAUAUAGUAGUAGUUUUCCUGUUAUAGCUUCUUAUCUACAUUUUUAUUUCUUAUUUGUUAUUUUUCCUGCUUUUGUCUUUACUUUUUUGUUGCAUGCCAUAUAUGGCAUGCAACUUUCAUAUAGCUCUAAAUUUCGUGUCAUCGUGAGCGUACCGGUGGUCAUAAAUCAUGGGGCAGAUUCGUCAAAUACGACAAAUACCGAGUUUUUCCGACGAGCAUCUUCAUGUGGAUUUUCGUCGAGGAAACGCAAAGAAAAUAUUGAUUAUUCGCCGAAAAUUUACAUAAUUGAGAGCCUUAAAAAAUAUAUCGAGGUAGGUGAAGCUUUUCUGUUUUGUUGUGAUUUUGGAGUCGUUGUGCGCGCACUGAUUAUUCAUUGCGUUUAUUUAUAUAUCGUGAAACUUUCAUAAGGCCAGGCCCCUAUCCACUCCAUUCCACUAUUACUGUUAUUCCAUUCCAUUCCAUUAUGGUGUCCACUAUUUAUUUAUUUAUUUAUUUAUUUAUUUAUUUAUUUAUUUAUUCCAUUUAUUUAUUUAUUUAUUUAUUUAUUAUUCCAUUUAUUAUUUAUUUAUUUAUUUAUUUAUUUGUUGUUGUUGUUGUUGUUGUUGUUGUUGUUGUUGUUGUUGUUGUUGUUGUUGUUGUUGUUGUUGUUGUUGUUGUUGUUGUUGUUGUUGUUGUUGUUGUUGUUGUUGUCCUCGUCGUCGUCGUCGUUGUCGUCGUCGUCGUCGUGGGUUGUUGUCUUGGGUUGUCGUUUGUUCGUUUGUUCGUCUCGUUUUAAAAUAUUUGCCAUUUUCAGCUUCAUGUCCGUCCUUGUCACAACUAUUCGACGGUUAUAAAUGGGGUAGAAGUCGAACACAUGGUUCUUCAGUUCAAUUUCGCUGCUACUAUGGCCAUAAACUGGUUGGUUCAUCUAGAGUGGUUUGCAAUGAUGGUAGAUGGUCAGACCAAAUGCCUAAAUGCUUAGGUACGUUGUCAGCUUCCACCAGAAUAAGCAUAAGGCCGAGGUCAAACAAAAAUGAGAGCUGCGUGAAUUUGUGUGAGAGUUUUCUCAAAUCGUAUUCCUUGGUUAUAUGGUGACUAUAGCCCAAAUAAUAACAAUGUCUUAUGCAAGAGGGGAUUAUAUUCCUAUUUUCUUUUUGUUUGAUGUACGAUUAUUUAACCUAUUUAUUUGGUUGGCUUUUCUUUAAUUUUUUACUUAAUUUCCGCCAAAGCAAUUCUUUCUAAUUUCGUUUAAAAAUUAACCAACUAUUUUGAUAGAAUAUUUUCUAUUUUGACCAAUUGACUGAUAUUUGGGGGUGUUACCCCACCUUCCCCCCCCCCCACUGACAUACCUCCCCUGUAUCGACAUCCCUGCCUUUACUUUGACUAGAAUUACAACAUGUGAUAAUUGUAGAUUUUGGAUUUAUUCACACAGAUAAAAUUUGGAUAACAUUAUUUUUAAUUUUAUAGCCAUAUGCAAUCCAAUUCGAAGCAUUAGCAAUGGAUGGGUUUACGGCAGGGGUAAUUUAAAAGGAGAUAAGCUGAGUUUCCGUUGCAGAACUGACUAUAUUUUGGAUGGCGAGCAGUUUAUCAAAUGCACUGGAAAUAGGCGAUGGAAUGCAAAGAAACCAACGUGUAGAGGUUGGUAGAAAACCUGUAUAUGACGGGAGAAGGAGCCGUUUUUGGCUAUAUGAACUUUCUCAACUAAACUGCGUUCAAUAGAAUACAUAUGAAUGCAUUUAUUUUGUUUAGUUCUUAAAAGUUUCAUCAACGCUGUGAGUGUUUUAGCGCUAUUCUAGAGAAGAGCAGCGCUCCUUUAUGGUGUCAUUGGUAUUUUAAUUCAUAUACGAUAUAACUCAAUUUAUUAUAUAGUACAGAGUGAGAUACUGAAAAGUACACAGUGAGAUAUUUUCCAUAUCUUCACUACUGAAGAUAUCGAUCACAUGACUUUUUCCAAUUUGCUUAAGACCACGAUAUUUAACAAUUUUUUGCUUGGGACUAUAUGAUAAACAGAACAUUAUACGAUGGCUUGAAGGUAUGACUUUUAUCUUCUCGUGUUAAAACAAUAUGUUAUACUCACUCGCUGCGCUCGUUCGUAAAAUAUUGUUUCCACCACUAGAAGAUAAAAGUCAUAUCUUCGCGCUGCCAUGUAAUAUCCUUUAUGUGUGUCCAUUCUCUUUUCCGAGGAAAAUAUUGCAAGACUAAGUUUGAGGCAGCAAUUUCUUCAGAAUAUAAUAACUCCUUGUUUUAACUAAUAAUGUAAUAGAAAAUACAGUAGACUACAAACUCCAGAUACUUUUUACAUCAAAUACUUUAUUAUUCAUAUUCUUAAGAAUACGAACGUUGUCAGUCGGCAAUACUUUCGUAUUAUAUUUCAUGCCCCUGCAUGCUUAACAAUUAUUCUGCAACGAAGUGGAGGUCAAUGGUACAACGAUAUUCAUGCACCGAUUCAUCAUUUCAUACAAUGAAAAUAUUGUUAAAAUAAUUUGUAUUCCAGCUCCCAUGAUAUAGUUGUAAAUACAGCAGUAUUUACAAGCUUUUAGUAGGCUAUUAAAGUUUAUUCAUUACAAAUAGCUUUAAAGAAUACCUCUGCACACUGUUAAACAAAAUUUUAUGGUUUGGCGGAAAUACAGCUUCGUUUGGUAAAACAUUGCUCGUCUGUAACCGGAACAAACCUGGAAGACAUUUUGGUUUGGUCCGGAGAUGAAUCGUGCAAGGAUAUCCGGAGCUGAGCAACCAAUCAAAUUGCGCGAAAAGCACUAUUCACCCCCCCCCGAGUAUAUAUGCUAAUACUGAUUAUAGUUUUAUUUAUCAAACAUUAUACAUGUAUAUGUUUUAAUCUUCAGCUCCUUGCAGACGGUUUGGUGUGCAACCAUUCCGUGGUGGUUAUAUAAGGCGAGAUGGUUACAAACAUAAUGAGGAAGUGACAUUUGGAUGUAGAGAUCCUUUGGUUAUUGAUGGUCAGGUUACCUUACGUUGCAAUGAUGGGACAUGGAAUGACAGACUACCUACUUGUGGAGGUUUGUGUUUAUUUUCCUAAAGGCUAUAGGGUCGAGUUUUGAUCGACUGAAACAACGUGAUAGCCGAAAACACCAUCUUGGUUCUUCCCUUAAUCUGCAAUCUGGAAGUUUCAGUUCACAAUCUCAUUUCAAAUAUUUUACAAUUAUUGGACGUGGUUGAGCAAAAUAUCGUGAUUUGUCAGUGGCGUGCACAUCACUAUACUGAUUUUCAGGUUCAACAAUACGCACGUCCAAUAAUUGAUUGACCGUACUAUUUCAUAUUUUGCAUGCAAUUAUUCACUGUGAUUUCUGUUAUUCUUAUUGCAUUGCACCAGUUUUUAAAAUUAACAAACCAGUCCAUGCAACACAAAUCGUCCCAGUGUCAGCCAAAACUGAUCAACUUUAGAUGCCUGUAACUUGCCUUGAAAUACACGAAAUACAUUUAAACAUGUAUUUAAGGCAGAUUUUGUUAUUUUUUUGUCUUUCUGAUAUGUUUUUCGAAGCGAACACGAAAAAAUUGUUUCCCGACAAAGCCCUUA